AUGACGCGUCCGAGACGCUCAUCGGCCGCUAGCACGGAGAGCACGGGGACGGCGGGCGACCAGGAGCUCGGGAGCAUGUAUGAUUACCUUGCUAAGAUUAUCUUGUUGGGCCCGAGCGGAACUGGAAAAUCGUGUCUUCUCCAUCGUUUUGUCAAGAAUGAAUGGCGAGUUCUUUCCUCGCAAACGAUCGGUGUCGAGUUCGCCAGCAAAAUUAUUAAAGUCGGUACAGGUCCGCGGAGGAAGCGGAUAAAGUUACAGCUAUGGGAUACGGCAGGCACUGAGCGCUUUCGCUCUGUCUCGCGGUCAUACUAUCGGGGCGCCGCGGGCGCUAUCUUAUGCUACGAUAUCACAUCGCAUAACUCGUUCAGAGCCCUACAGCCAUUUCUUAAUGAUGCGCGAGCGCUAGCCUCACCUAAUUUGACCAUGAUCCUCGCUGGAAAUAAGCUAGACCUUGCCAACGAUACUCUCAUCGAUACGAGUCUUCCUCCUCCCACACCGUCAAGCACGAGUUCGUCUCUACCGUACAGCACGUCCGCCGGUACGACUAGUGCAGGCGCUUCCCUCGGAACGCAAAUGAAAGCGACGAUAGCACCCGAAGGCCGCGAAGUAUCAACCACCGAGGCGUCACGAUGGGCUAGUAGCGUCAACGUACCUGUUACGGUGGAAGUGUCAGCCUUCUCAGGCGAGGGCGUGGACGAGAUAUUUGCGCGGUUAGCACGAAUGAUCCUGACCAAGAUCGAGCUUGGGGAAAUCGACCCGGACGAUCCAAUGAGCGGUAUUCAGUAUGGCGACGGGGGUAUGUGGAAUGCGGGGGCUAGCGACGGCGGUAGCAUCAAGAGCUCCAUGACGACAGAUGAGGUCGGCCUCGGCGGUAUGAGGCGGAGACGCAAAGGCAAGAACCGCGCCCAGAAUUGGGGUAUGCGCGAGUGGGAAGAGGUGUUUACUCUAAACCGCGGGCGAGGCAGAGGAAAUUGUUGCUAA